AUGGCAGUGGCGCCCGCGUCAGAGGACUGGAAGCAGUCGCUCAAGAUCCCUGAGAAGGACCUGCGCAUACGUACUGCCGAUGUGACGGCCACCAAGGGCCAUGAGUUCGAGGACUACUUCCUGAAGCGCGAGCUGCUGAUGGGCAUCUACGAGAAGGGGUUUGAGAAGCCCUCGCCCAUCCAGGAGGAGUCCAUCCCCAUCGCGCUCACCGGCCGCGACAUCCUCGCGCGUGCCAAGAACGGCACCGGCAAGACCGCCGCCUUCUCCAUCCCUGUACUGGAGAAGAUCGACCCCACCAAGAACGAGGUCCAAGCCAUGCUGCUGGUCCCGACGCGCGAGCUGGCGCUGCAGACGGCCCAGGUCUGCAAGGAGCUGGGCAAGCACCUGGCGGUUGACGUCAUGGUGACCACUGGCGGCACCAGCCUCAAGGAUGACAUCAUGCGCCUCUACCAGCCCGUGCACGUGGUGGUGGCCACGCCCGGCCGCAUCCUUGACCUGGCCAGCAAGGGCGUGUGCAAGCUCAACAACUGCCGCGUCCUGGUCAUGGACGAGGCCGACAAGCUGCUGUCCCCCGAGUUCCAGCCGCUGAUCGAGCAGCUGAUCUCGUUCCUGCCCGACGACCGCCAGAUCAUGCUGUUCAGCGCGACCUUCCCGGUCACGGUCAAGCAGUUCAAGGAGAAGUUCCUGCGCAAGCCCUACAUCAUCAACCUGAUGGACGAGCUGACGCUCAAGGGCGUGACGCAGUACUACGCGUUUGUGGAGGAGAGGCAGAAGGUGCACUGCCUCAACACGCUCUUCUCCAAGCUGCGCAUCAACCAGUCGAUCAUCUUCUGCAACAGCGCCCACCGCAACCGCGUGUUCCACGACUUCCGCAACGGCCUGUGCCGCAACCUGGUGUCCUCAGACCUCUUCACGCGCGGCAUUGACAUCCAGUCCGUCAACGUGGUCAUCAACUUUGACUUCCCCAAGAACAGCGAGACCUACCUCCACCGCGAGCUGGGCACGGAGAUCAAGCCCAUCCCGCCCCACAUCGAGGAGAAGCUCUACUGCGCAUGA